AUGGAAAAACUUGGUAUAGACAAAAAGGGUAUCUUGAAGGUUUCUCGAUUAACCGCUGUGGAUGAGAUUCACAAGAUGUCGCCGUCGCAAGGUUUUGACGAAGUUAACACUGGUCAAUGUGGCUUUCAGCGGCGGUCUCCAGGGAAGCCUUUGUUAUUGUGA